GAAAAUAUUAUGUAAGCGUCGAAGCGAUAAAGAUUCCCCGGGAAAAGCUGUCAAAUUUAUAAACAUGGAAAUGUAAACAAAACAGAAGUCUGCAUUUGUUGUCGGGUGACACUGUUUCAUUUUAACGAAAAUAUAACUAAAUAUUACUAGCUAAGAAUGGCAGAUGCUGUAGAAAUAAAGAAAGUCUUAAAGCAGUGGGAGACAGAGUUCUGGAAAGAACAUGGUCGAAAACCAAACAAGACUGACAUUGACUCUGCUCCAGGUGAUAUAAAAGAAACUUAUGUGAAGUAUACAAAAUUAAAGAAGUCUGCACCAUCAUCAGGGAAAGUGGCUGCAAAGGAAGACAACUCUAAUUCUGAGAAAACUGUGCCAAGGACAGCCAACGUCCCAACAGAAAGCAGUGAACAGAAUGUGCAAGAUAUAGACAAAGGCAAGAUAACAAAUGAGAAUUUAGAUAUGAAAAAAGAGGGGAUAGAUGAAAAUUCUGAUUCAAACAAAGGGGAAGUAACAAAUGAAAAUUUAGGUAUGACAGAAGCGAAUGAUAAGAACAGUGCAGAUAAAGUUGAAGUAUGGGGAAGUCAGUUUGAUAGGAAAGUGACAAAAAUAGAAGACACAACUUCAGGAAAAGAACGUCAAACUGGAGGGAAUAAACCAUCGUUUCUGAAGCAUUUGGGAGAAAAAAUGUACCAACAGUCACUGAAACUGAACAAAGGACAGGUAACAAAACCAAGUGCAAAACUAUGGAGAAAACCAGAUACACCUAGGCCAAUAAAGCCUUAUAAACCAGACAGUGAAUCAGCUGACAGUCUAUCUGAUAAACUAGAAAGUGCAGCAGUAAAGACAGGUGCAGAUGAGGUUGAUGGCAGUUUCAAUCCAGCAGGAGAGCAAAAGCAUGCAAACUUUGGAAAAGUUUUUGAAAAGGCUUUGUCUAUUUCAAAACACAAAGGCACUAUACAAGGAUCAGACACAGAUUCCGAUGUAUUUAUGAACAAAUACCAAACAAAAGCCAAACCCAAACAGUCCUUUCUCCCGAGCAAUUUAUCAAGUUUAAUUAGUAAACAUAGACAAGAAAUGGUGAUAGAAGAAGAGUUUGAAAACGAGGAAUUUGUCGUUGAUAAUAAAACAGAUUUUAAUGAUGAUGAUGACAAUGAUGAGGAAACAGGUGGCCAUUCCUGGAAUGUUCCAGUGUCUAAACUAAUCAGAGAUGAUGAAAAGGAAGCAGUGAAGAAAUCUAAAAGAAAUAAUGGGAAGAAAGAUAGUGACAGUGAAAAUGCAAAAAGGACAUGGAAAAAAGUGAGUAGUGAAAAUGUUGAUGAAACUGAUUUUCCAGCUGUUAAGUCAAAAGAUAAAGGUAGAACAGGCAUUGAAAAACAAAACUCAGAAAAUGUUUCCGGUUUUAGUUUAUCAAAUAAAGUGAGUUCUGGAUCAGGAGUAGAAGCAGAUGAUUCAAGGUCUAAACCUCAGCAGAAAAAAAUGAUCAGAAGUAAAUCUUGUGAUGAAAAAGAUACUGAUGUUGAAGACAAUUUUGAUACAUUUGAAUUUGAUGAUGGUUCAGACAGUGACAGUCCUAAACAAAAACCUAAAAGAAAAACAGCAGCAAAAUCUGCCAAAGCCAAGGGUGCAACAAGGGCAAAGAAAACAGCCAAAAGGAAGGCAAAUAAUUCUGAGGAAGAUAUAGAAGAGAAAUCUGUACAAAAUUCUGAUGCAAGUGAUGAUGCUGAGGAAAGUGGUGUAAAGAAAAGAAAGAAAGUGUUGAAGAGUCAACCUGCAGCAAAGAAAAGGAAGACAAAUGCUGGAUCUGUGGCUGUGGAUGAUGAUGGGCAAGUUGCAACCUCAACAGUUGUUAAAAAACCUACAAGAGCUAAGGCAAUUUCUAAUGACAAUUUCAUCAAAUUGAAUAUGAAAAUAAAGACAUACAAGCGUAAAGGUAGACACAUGACGGGUCCGCAGUACAAACGUAAAAUGUGGAAAGAGAAAAUGCAGGCCCGCAGUAAAAGUUAUGGAGACGCCUGUUUCAAGUGUGGCCAGUCGGGACAUUGGGCAAAUAAGUGCCCAGGUGGACAGUCUAAAAGUCAUUAUGAUAAAGAACCAGUCCAGGAUGAAGAUUUUCCCAGCAUGCAAGAGGCAGCCAUGAUGGCAAAGGGUUGUCAGGUACAGAAAUCUGUUAAGACAGAAGCAAAAGUCAGAGAAAGUCAAGAAAAGCUUGCAGCAGAUGAGCAUUCAGAAACCGUGCCACCAGAUGUUACUGCUUUGGAUGAGGAAGACAUUGAUCUGGAGAUACAGUCUGGCAUUGUUAGGUCUCGUCCCGACACAGCCACGGCACCUCCAGCAAUGAAACCACUCAUUGAAUGUGGGGAAGAAGAAAAUGUACCAGAAACUCCUGAUUUUGUUCUGAAAGGGUUGAGAAAGUUUGGAUUUGACUGCUUCAGACCAGGACAGGAGGAAGCUGUCAUGAGAAUACUUUGUGGUCUAUCUACACUGGUUGUGUUGUCUACUGGAGGGGGCAAGUCCUUGUGUUACCAGUUACCAGCUUACCUGUAUUCACAGAGAUCAACAUGUAUCACACUUGUGAUAUCACCUCUUGUGUCCCUCAUGGAAGAUCAGGUAACUGGUUUACCAAAUGGAAUACGAGGUGUAUGUUUGCACACCAAUAUGACGGCACAUCAGCGUGAGAAUGUUCUAGAGGCGGUUAAGUCUGGGAAGGCACAGUUUCUGUUGGUUUCUCCGGAGGCUAUCGCUGGCGGCAGUAUGUCAUUGAUAGCAUCUAUGUCGUCUCUACCUCCGGUGGCGUUUGUGUGUAUAGACGAAGCUCAUUGUCUCUCCGAGUGGUCCCAUAACUUCAGACCUUCCUACCUUAGACUGUGUAAAGUUCUGCAGGAGAAAGUUGGUGUGCAGUGUUUUCUUGGACUGACAGCCACAGCUACCCUGUCGACAGCAUCUGAUGUUGCUCGUCAUUUAAAGAUCUCGGACUUUAAGAAGGCGACGGUGAGAGGUUCACCAAUCCCAGCAAAUCUUAUUUUGUCUGUGUCCAGAGAUGAGAGUAGGGAACAGGCUUUGAUUGGUCUGCUGAAGGGUGAGAGGUUCGGAAAUUUGGACUCAAUCAUUAUAUACUGUACACGGCGCGACCAGACUGACAAAGUAGCAACAAUCAUAAGAACGUGUAUGAAUACGGGGGCACCUGCAGAGAAGCUUGUCAGUAAAGGUCGUGGCAAACGGCCGAAAUUGGAGUGGGACGCAGAAAGUUAUCAUGCCGGUUUAACUGCCGCACAGAGAAAACGAGUCCAAAAUGCGUUUAUGGCUGGCAAGUUACGGGUUGUCGUGGCAACAGUAGCAUUUGGAAUGGGGCUGGACAAGUCUGAUGUAAGGGGGGUAAUCCAUUACAACAUGCCGAAAAGCUUCGAGAGCUAUGUGCAGGAAAUAGGUCGUGCCGGUCGUGAUGGAGAGAGAGCAGAAUGUCAUGUGUUCCUUGAUCCAGAGGGGAAAGACUUGUGCGAGCUAAGACGACAUACGUAUGCAAAUACAGUUGAUUACAGAACACUGAAGAAACUUGUACAGAAAGUAUUGCCUCCCUGCCGUUGUAGAGAUGUACAUGAACGGCAUGCUCAAGCAAAACUUGAGGCUGAAAUGUUUGAUGAUGACUUUGAUAUGGAUACACUUGAUGAACCAUCAAAACCUGAUACAGAAGCUACCAUGGAAAUUGAUGGACAAAGUGGACAAAACACAAGUGUGAAUAAUAGUGGAUCUUCUGAAUCAGGUCCUGGGUUAGAAACCAGUGAGAAAAAUGCUACAGAGAAGGCAAGGUUGUGUCCUGGACAUGAGAGAGCAUUACCUAUACAGGAAACAGUUAUGGAUCUAGAUGUUAAGGAGGAAGGUAUUUCAACAUUGUUGUGCUAUUUGGAACUUCAUUCAAGCCAGUGGUUGGAGAACAUGUCUAACGUUUAUGCUUCAUGUAAAGUGCAGUGCUACGGAGGACCCAGUCAGCUACAAGCAAUAGCAAAAAAGUGUCCCCCUGUUGCCGUGGCAAUAGCUUCUGCUCGUAAGGAUGGGAAGAACUUUAGUAAUGCCAAUAGUAUAGAGUUCAGGGUGGUGGACGUGAGUGACACGAUGGGUUGGGACAGUGGACCUGUGAAGAAAGAAAUUAAACUCCUGCAGUGGAGUUUUGAUUCAGGUGGUCCAAAGAGAACUGGAAUAAUGGUAGAGUUCUCUGAUCUUGCCUACCACUUUAGAACACCUGGAGACUUCACUACUGAGGAGCUAGAUGACAUACUGCAGUUCCUGCAUGAGCGUAUUCAGCGGCAAGAAAAAUCUGAGAUUCGGAAUCUGUCAUGUCUGUAUCAGGCAUUGAAAAGUGUAUCACACAGAAAUCACUGGAUGUGUUCUGAUGAGGCUGACAUGAGUAAGAAUGAUAAACUGAAGGUGAUUUUGAACCAGUACUUUGACCAACAGUUAGUAAAUGUUGAAGAUGAUCAGAAGGAAAUGCAGGAUGAGCCAAUUCCUGAAUUUUCCCAUGGGCAGUUAGUGACAGACAUUCGAGCAUUCUACAAUUUAUAUGGACAGGAGCAUUCCCUAAAUGGCAGAGCAAUAGCAAGAAUUUUCCAUGGAAUAGCAAGUCCCUGUUUCCCGGCGACAACCUGGGGCCGUGUACGACGCUUUUGGAGGAGUCAUCUGGAUGUUGACUUUAAUACUCUAAUGAAAAUCGCAACCAAAGAAUUGAUAUCUUUCAGAUAAUGUUUUUGAAUUGUGAUCUCUAUUCAUAACAGAAUAAAUGCCUUUAUAUGAAUAAACCAUAA